AUGUCUGCUGGCCUCUAUACCGAGGCCUACAACGGCACUGAGGGGGCGGCCGAUGAUGGCACCUCAGCUGGCGUUGCCAACAUGAACGUCUGGUACGAGUCUGGUGAUAUUGCUUGGAUGUGCACCUCCUCCGCCCUCGUUCUGCUCAUGAUCCCCGGUGUCGGCUUUUUCUAUGCCGUACAAUGGUUCUUUUGGGGCUAUUCCUUGACCUUCUCGCAAACGGGCAAUGCUUUCCUCGGCAACAUGGACUAUAUCGGCUUCCGUAAUGUCGUCGCCCAGCCAGUUGGCGCCAUCCCAGAGAUCAUGUUCGCCAUCUACCAAGGUCUCUUUGCUGCCAUUACUCCCGCCAUUGCCAUCGGUGCCAUCGCCGACCGCGGUCGCAUCCUCCCCGCCAUGGUCUUCGUCUUCAUCUGGGCCACUGUUGUGUACGACCCCAUCGCUUACUGGACAUGGAACGCAAAUGGCUGGCUCCUCGAGCUUGGCUCGCAUCAGAUUUCGCCGGUGGCACUCCUUGCGCGCGAAUUUGCCUACGACUAUGUCGGGGUCACGCGCCACGUGUCCGACAUCUUGACAGGUCAGGACCCUCAUGCUGGUCUCGCGGGUACCUCGGCCCACAGCUCUGAGCCUGAGAAGGCUGCGCCUGCUGCUGCUGCUUGA